AUGAUGCGGCGUGUUUUGAAUUACUUUUUGCACACCCAAUUUUUCGGCCUCUUAUUAUUAUUAUUUUUUCUCUUCGUUUCUGUUGGCUUCGCUUUAUUACUUCACAUCGCCACCACAAACAAACACGCACACACACAAACGCAGUUCUGCUGUCGUGUCCUUCUCUCAUUCCCCCCGUUGCAGCAGGCAGUAACAGCGGCGACAAUGGGCGCUGCCCCAAUAAUCACCGGGCGUUGUUUUUGGGGCAGACGGACGACGCCCAAUGGCCCACUGGUAUACACCGCUGUCGGCUCUCAAAAGGGGAGUGAUGACCGCCGGAGGACACCGAUCAGUUUUAUCGGAAACACGUACUAUGAGCGGCGCUUCGGGGGUUCGAGGUCAACCCAAAGUACACCACUUGGCACCUCGUUGGCACUGCCGUCACUCCGCAACGGGGACAUUCUUGUGAAGAUGGGCUCUGCCACACCGGCGUCGUUGCGUGGCCGUCGCAUUGUUGACGUGACGGGUAUACAGACAAGUUUCUUUGAUGCCUCAGAACGAAACGCCCGUGCGCGUUGUUGCAUCGACGACGUUGUACAUUCGAUGCAUAUGCACGACGGCCACGAGGUGCCGGAGUUGAACCGUGGCACUGUUGACAUUGGCAGGCUCACCGUGUUGUGUGCAUUUCCUGUUGCCGGCACGGCUUCUCUGCUCGUGCUGGAGAAUGCCUCGCAAGCUUUGUUGAAGCGGCGGUCAUUGGGGUACCGCAGCGAGGAGGAGGGCGUGCAGCUUGUGCGGGUUAUCGCAGAGAGUUGCCGUGCCGCUGCGUUGCGCAGGAUUUGUCUCCAUCCCGUCAUGCGCAACGAUUGCAUUGUUGGUGUCCGUCUUUAG